CAGUCGAAGCUUGUUCUCUAAUAAAACUGACAAUGCUCACACGCACCGCACUCCUCGUCAUCGCCAUCGCGGCCGGUUUCAUGUUCGUUCUUGCUUGUGAGCCGGAAGAGACUCAAUAUGGGUGCAAGAUUAUGAGCUCUUGCACUUGCGGUUACGGGUGCAAAACUGAAUUCAUCUUUCGCUCUAGAAGAGAAUGUCUGGACGCUUUGAGAGAGAGGAGUGCAAAUCCAUGCUCGCGAAUACCGUGCAUGAGGGGAAUUUGUACUCAAACUGUUCAACAACCAGGGUACGCUUGCAAAUGUGAGGGUACAGGCUUUUUUGGACAGCGAUGUGAGAAAGCAUGCCCCACCGUUGCUGUUCGAGGAUUGGUCUUUCCACAUGAAUGCGUUGUUAUCUGAUGCAGCUAUUUCUCUAUAUUUCUUUUCUAUUUAUUUAGCAAAAUGUAGCUAUACUGUUAAAAUAUUACUAACGUAUAAUAUAAUUUUUUAUCUUAAAUUAUAUUCACACGAUGUACCGAAUAUGUUUCUAUAGUUCAGUUUUAUUUUCGUAUGUUAUUUU